UACAGCGUUGCAGUCUAGUAUUUAUAGUCAAUAUUUUUUUAUAAAACAUUGAUCUAAAAAGGAAAAUUUUCGUUUUUUAUUUGAUAUUAACACAAUAUUGUGUGAUAAACAACACUAUUAACGAAUAUGCCGCGAAAAAAAGUAAAAAGAGACAAUGUGCGCCAACAAAGGACCAAACAGAAACUUCAACUAAAGAGUCGACUAAUGCAGCUUAGCCUUAUAACAGAUGAUUAUUUCUAUAUGCAAAAACGAAUCGCAAUAAAGGAUGCUAAAGACAUGAGAGCCGAGAUUGCACAAUAUAAAUAUAUUUGCGACAACGAUGAACGUUGCCUUCAGGUAAUAGAUAAAUUAACACGCAUAUUUACUAAAAUUAUCGAAGGGGAAUCAUCUGAAAUGCAAAUUGCUGAAGCUUCUAAUUCACUUAGCAAUUCUAAUAUUGAUAGUGAGAUGAUGCCCACGAAAGAAGGUGCUAAUAAUAAGGUUGUUGCCACUUCCAGUCCAAAGUUUGAGAAACAUAAAAUAUCGACACAAAAUUCUCAUAAUCAAGGAGUACGUUUUGAACACAGAAUUGAGAAAUCGUCUGCUGAUAAAAAUACAAAUAGCAUUACAUGUUUACGAAAUAUAAAAUCCUCGAAAAACAAUAACAAACUGAAAAAAGUCGCAGACACUAAAGAUUCAGACACCAAAGAUGCAAAUUCUCCCCGUAUAUUUAAAGCAGAUAGUAAGACUACAGAAAAAGGUUUUCUUAAAACGCAAAUAGUUAGCUCUGUAAAAAUAAAUAGCAAAGAAAACAUGGCAAUAGACAAACAUGAUACGAAUACUAAAGCUAAUACUGGGAUUAAAAGAAAAAGGACAAAUAAAAAGAUGGCUCUAGCAAGUGAAACGAGCAAAAUAUCGAAUAAGGAAAAGCCUAAAAGGGAAAAAAGAACUACACAGCGUAAGAAACCCGUACAAAGUUGUGAGUCCAACCAAAAAUUGGAAUAUGAAAGUGAUUUGAGUUGGGUACAGAGUUUAAAAUACAUUAGAGAGGUUGCUGGUGACGAAUUUGAUUCAAAACUCGGUGAUUUUACAGCAUCGUUCUGGGAAAACUGUACGCUCCCAGGGUGCGUGGAUGAGAAUGAUUUUUUUAUAGAUUAAUUAAGUAGUUACCAACUCUAUUUAAUCUUGUAUCUUUUCUAUACUUCAAUAUAAAUUUCU